AUGGAGCAGGAACAGCUGAGUGAUUGCUGUGUGCACAAGAGUGACAUGGAAGGAGCAUUAAAAAACAAUCAACUAAAGGGAGCCAUGAAGAUAAGAGCAAGGAUCAUUCCUCCUGGUGCUGUUUAUGAACCCUUGAUGUGCACUCAGAUGGGGCCAUGGGCCUGUGAGUCAACCGAGCCAGUUCUGCUCCACGUGUCAUUCAUCCUUCUUGGACCAGAAAACUAUCUGGCCUCUGCAUGGCUGCCCUCCCGGGUGGCCAAGCUGCUGUCGACGCUCUUCUACGGGACCUGCUCCUUCCUCAUCGUGCUGGUCAACAAAUUCCCAUCACCAAUUUUUCUUGGAAUUGGACAGAUGGCAGCUAUCAUAAUGAUACUGUAUGUAUCCAAACUAAAUAAAAUAAUUCACUUCCCUGAUUUUGACAAGAAAAUUCCUGUGAAGCUGUUUCCUCUGCCUCUCCUCUACGUUGGAAACCACAUAAGUGGAUUAUCAAGCACAAGUAAAUUGAGCUUGCCGAUGUUCACCCUGCUCAGGAAAUUUACCAUUCCACUCACUUUACUCCUGGAAACCAUCAUACUUGGGAAACAGUAUUCCUUGAACAUCAUCGUCAGUGUUUUUACCAUCAUACUUGGGGCUUUCCUAGCAGCGGGGUUUCUGUUGAUGUACUCCACAGUUUUGUGCAGCUAUUACAAUUUGGCCCUCAUAACAGCAGUGGUUGGAGCCAUCAAGAAUGUUUCCAUUGCCUACAUUGGAAUGUUAGUUGGUGGAGACUACAUUUUCUCUGUGUUAAACUUUGUAGGGUUAAAUAUUUGCAUGGCAGGGGGCUUGAGAUAUUCCUUUUUAACUCUGAGUGGCCAAUUAAACCCUAAACAACCUGUGGACAAAGAAAACAUUCCUCUGGAUUUGAAGAGUUAG